AGGGAAUUAAAUAUUUCGUUGCUUAACUGAAGGAUCCGAGUGUUUCUGCUGCCUAAUUCCCCUUCCCCGUGUGCACUCCCCGGCAAGGCGAGCACUUGAGCCCCGCACCCCGCAUCCGUUCAAUGAAGCAGCACAGAUCCACGGCGGCUCCAAGUGGGUUUUUGCAGGACGAGAAGGAGGCGGAGGAGGAGGUGGCGGCGGCGGCGGAGGAAAGGAGCUGGUAGCAGGCAGCAGCAGCAGCAGAAGGAGGCAUAUUUGCAAGGAAGCCUUUGAGGUCUCAUUCGGCUUCUGGGGAUUGAAAUGUCACUCAAAGCAUCCCCAAAUCAGCUUGCUGCUCCUCUCUGCUUUCUUCGGAGGCAUUGAUUCCAGCCCCGAACGUUGCAUUUCUGCAGCUUACUACCCAGGAAGGAAAUUUGCUCCAUCUCCAGCAGCAACCACUGCUCCUUUUGAUGUUGUGGUACGCCGUGCGCAUGCGCUCCACAUUAGAAUUACUGCACUGGCUAGAAUAAGUUGGAUCUCUUCUUCUCUUCCACUGAAACCCUAAAUCAUAUCAAAAGCUAAAGGGAUGCUGAGAGUCCGGAAAAAAGGUUGCUUUGGGAUUUGGUCGUUGCCCUUAAUAAUAACGGUGGUGUGUGCACAGAGUGCUAAUGACCCCAGCAAUAUGUCACUGGUAAAAGAGACGGUGGAUAGACUGCUGAAGGGCUACGACAUUCGGCUGAGGCCAGAUUUUGGAGGUCCGCCUGUGGCUGUUGGCAUGAACAUAGAUAUUGCCAGCAUAGACAUGGUGUCAGAAGUCAAUAUGGACUAUACCUUGACAAUGUACUUUCAGCAAGCAUGGAGGGAUAAGAGGCUUUCGUAUAAUGUAAUACCUUUAAAUCUUACACUGGACAAUAGAGUAGCAGAUCAGCUUUGGGUUCCUGAUACCUACUUCCUGAAUGAUAAGAAGUCAUUUGUACAUGGUGUCACUGUGAAGAACAGGAUGAUUCGUUUACAUCCAGAUGGGACAGUUCUCUAUGGUCUCAGAAUUACAACAACAGCUGCAUGUAUGAUGGACCUACGAAGAUACCCCCUGGAUGAACAAAACUGCACACUGGAGAUUGAGAGCUAUGGCUACACAACAGAUGAUAUUGAAUUUUACUGGCGUGGGGGUGAUAAUGCGGUUACAGGAGUGAGAAAGAUUGAACUGCCACAGUUCUCCAUUGUAGACUAUGAACUUAUCACUAAGAAAGUUGUUUUCUCGACAGGUUCCUACCCAAGGCUGUCUCUCAGCUUCAAACUUAAGAGAAACAUUGGAUACUUCAUUCUGCAGACGUAUAUGCCUUCCAUUCUGAUCACUAUUCUCUCCUGGGUUUCAUUCUGGAUUAAUUAUGAUGCUUCAGCUGCAAGAGUGGCUUUAGGAAUUACAACGGUACUCACGAUGACAACCAUCAACACACAUCUUCGAGAGACAUUGCCCAAAAUCCCCUAUGUGAAAGCUAUUGACAUGUAUCUGAUGGGAUGCUUUGUUUUCGUGUUCAUGGCUCUACUGGAGUAUGCAUUGGUCAACUACAUCUUCUUUGGCAGGGGACCACAGCGUCAGAAGAAAGCAGCAGAGAAAGCUGCCAGUGCUAACAAUGAGAAAUUACGAAUGGAUGUCAAUAAGAUCUUUUAUAAAGAUAUAAAACAAAAUGGGACCGAAUUGCGAUCCCUGGAACCCACUGGAAAUCUCUCCCCAACUAGAUGGACUGCCAGUUACGAUUACUCUCUUAAUACGGACAGAAGAAUAAUUGGCACAUAUCAUUGUCCAGAAAUGUAUUCAACAAAGAUGGAUCCACAUGAAAACAUUCUGUUGAGCACACUUGAAAUUAAAAAUGAGAUGGCUGCUUCUGAAGCUGUUAUAGGCCUUGGGGACCCUAGAAGCACUAUGCUGGCCUAUGAUACCUCAAGUAUCCAGUACCGGAAGGCUGGCUUACCGAGACACAGCUUUGGCCGUAAUGCCCUGGAACGGCAUGUGGCCCAAAAGAAAAGCCGGCUACGGAGACGUGCCUCUCAGUUGAAAAUUACCAUCCCAGACUUGACUGAUGUAAAUGCCAUAGAUCGAUGGUCACGCAUAUUCUUCCCUGUUGUUUUUUCUUUCUUCAAUAUUGUCUAUUGGCUUUACUAUGUGAACUAAAAACAAAACAAAGCCACACAGAGAUCAAGAACUGGAUUUCUCUUCAAAAUCGGUUGUACAGCCAAAUGUGGGACUUAAGGAGAAAAAAAAACCUAUUCAGGACAAAAGUUAUUUUAAAACACCUUAGUUGCUGGCCCACUCUAUAAUCUGUUUUGGAAUGUUCGGGUUUCCUUUGCAAAACUGUGAAACAUAUUCAGUUGCAGUACAAAUGUGUACAACACCACCUCUAAAGAUAUACAGUUGCAUUUGACAUCUGGAGGGAGAAUUUAAAACUGGGUCAUUUCAUUUUUUUUCCCCCACUCCUCAUUUUAUCACUAAAAUGUAGAUCUAUUUAACCUAUAGAAAGAGGAAGCUAGAAAGCAGGCUUGAGUUUGAAGAGCAGCAUAACAUGCCUCUUCACAUCUAGGAUACACACAGCACUACCUGGAUGGAGAGUGUGUAUUCCUGUCUCAUCAUGCUUACAAACCAUAGUCCUGCAUUACCUUUUAACACACAAACUUGAAAACAAGUAGUGCCUAUGUCAUACCAUAAGAAUAAGUACCGGAGACUUCCCACACAGGUCAUGCUGCUGAUUAAGAGAAGUGAUGUUUUGAGUUCCCAAGUUCCCAUGAAACUUGAAGUAUUUUAUUUAAAAGAGGGAUUGUAGAGUUAACACAGCAACAUAGUUCUCAUGCUGUAUGCCAGUGAUCCAUUGAGGAGUUUGAGAGGUGCCUAUGUGCUGCAGUGUGCCAUUAAGCAUAAAGUCUAGGAGCAUUUUAUGUGUAAAGUGCCAAACAGUGAGCCAGUAGUGACUUCAGAAGUGGCUUCUGUCGGUGCUCUGUCCUUUCUUAUGGAAGAGAGAAAACAGUGGCAAACGUUUGAAAGAGCAGGUCCAGGAAAAGGCUAUAAAUCCUGUACAAAUUAUUGGUAUCAGUUUGCCUGAUAGGAAGUCUAAACUUCCUGUGGUUCUCAGUUGCGGUUUUGAUUUGAAUCUCAUUUCCACAUCAAACAGAUUGAGCAGAAUCCCAUGAAUGAAUACCUAUGCUGCUUGGACAGCAUUUUAAAAAAAAUACUGAAUAACUAGCACAGUUGUUUACUGCACCCAAUUACAUUUAAUUCAGUUUUAGAAAUAUCUGUGUGAAUGUUUAAUGGGAGGACUUAGAGAAGUAUUGUUUGUGUGUGUGUUUCCAGUAUCUUCUGGAUAAAGAGACUGAUUGUUUUCUUUAUAUCAUGUGUUUUAGAAAUUUCUUUUAGUUUUUUUUUGCUCCACCACACUGUCACAAUAUUAUAAUAAGGUUCCCAUUCCAGAAGUCAAGAAUCUCAGUCCACUAAAUACUGCUGGUGUAUAUCUUCCAUUUGAUUUCAUGUUGGGCUCAAGGUGGCUCCUUUUUCUAGUAUUACAGAACUAGUGAUCCUUGGAAAUAAGAGGUAUGUUUCUGUUUAAAUGGCUAUUUAAAUGGUUAUGAUUGGGAGUAGAAUUUCUCUUAAUUUCCUCAUUUUUCCUUGCAUAUUGCUUCUGAGUUUUUGAGUACAGCAUUCCUUUAUAAAGAACUUCAAAAAUGGGGUUACUGAGAUCCACUGAGCAUACCUGGCUGAUGGAAAUGUCAGAUCCUAGAAUAUAUUUGUGACUGAUCACAUGACUUAAACAAGAGAAAGUUUCCAAAGUGCAUUUGGACCGAGGGCACUUCACACAUCACAGAAUCAUUCCUUUUUUGAUAUUGUCCACAACCAAAUGAGCAGUUCUUUGGGUUUUGUUUUUUUAAAGACCCCUUACUUAAGACAUAUUUUGUAACAAUUGAAAAUAGCUUGGCUGUUUUUAAUAGUUUUUUCCCUUGCACAUACACACAUCCCAGUUAAUUUUAUAGACGCAAAGGUGGAAAAGUGUGUAAAAUAUCCACAUUGUAGCUAAUGCCAAGGAUUUAUAGUCCUUAAAGUACUUUGUUUUCUCUUUACAUUGGUUCAACAGGUCAGCUAUAGUGAUAACUACAAAAUCAGCUCCUAGUACUGCACUUCAAGGUAUCUGGAAGUUUAAAGUACAAGCCAUAAUAUUUUCUGACCUUGCCAAUGAGAGGAUGAAUUUUAUCCAGGGAGAUAACAGAAAGAAAGUACAGAAUCACCUCCAUGAGGUCCUUUUUGUUAUUAAGGGAAGAUGCUUCCAAAACUAGAUAGGAUACCGUGUUAUAGUAUUAAUUAAUUCUAAGUUCUAUAAGACUAAAUUGAGGUUUUAAGAAGAAGUGGGAGGACCAUGAGAUAAUAAAGACUUUGUUUUUCUCCUGUACAAUGCCAGCAUGUGGUAGAGAUAGAUAAAAAGUAUUACAUGAUUUGCUUCAUAACUGAAAUUUAAAUAAGCUGUUACCUUUUGAAUUGAACUGAAAUAUACUCAUGCUCAUUUUUGUUAGGUCCACAUUUCAACAUAAUUAUCCCAUUUUUUUCAGGUUUCAGAAUGCAUACUAGCCAGCAAUUAAGGUGUUUUCCCUCCAUCUUUGUGAAAUUCAUGGCAAAAUUACAACUAUAUAACAUGGCACAGUUUUAACAAUAUAUUUGCAAUCAAAGCUCUGUAAAUACAUUCUGUAUAUGACUGCUAGUAAGUCCAAUAUGCAUUUUCCAAACUGAAAAUUCAUGCAGCAUAUUUGUGUUUGCCUAAGGAAUGUUAUGUUUCUAUACUAUUGCAGUUUUAAUGACUGGGAAGAAAGAACCAAGCAAUGUCAUUCUGAACAUUUUCUGUUCUCAUCCCCAGGGGGAAGCAAAGUCUUAAAUAAUAGCACUGAAGAGAACAUCUGAGAACUUUUAUAUUCUGAUAUUUAAAAAACUUAGAAUCUGCCAGACACAAAAGCACAAUGCAUAGAGAACAUGAGAGCAAGCCAUAUAUAUAUAUAUAUAUAUAUAUAUAUAUAUAUAUAUAUAUAUAUAUAUAUAUAUAUAUGGAAAAAAUCUCAUCUCAUUUAUGUUUAGGUAAAAAUGUACAUUAAAAGUACAACCAAAAUAUUUUUUUUAAUAAAUCUAAAACUAUGUUCUAAUGUCAUAGUUAGCAAAUUAAUAUAAGUAAAGAAAAUAAAACACUAAACAUUAUCCAAGUAUAUAGUGAGUAUAUAGACAUAUAUUUCAAUAUGUGUAUAUAUAUUCCUCUGUGUGUGUGUACACAUUAUAUAUGCACACAGGCAUUCAAUUCCAGUGAGAGCAGUCCAAAUGUGGAAAUGACUCUAUGCCCAUAGAUCUGCUGUACUGGGCUGCAGGGAAGGGGCGGUGGGGGAGGGCGGAGAUUUCCGUAUCUCGCAAUUUACUUGCAACAUGUAUGGAAUUGUGAAAGGACAGUCUCAUUAUCUCCCAUAUCAAAUCAGCUGUGUGAGAAGUGUCAAGCAAAGUGUGAAUGAGCUGUUAGUUGAGGAGGACUCAUUCCCCCACCUACAAAAGGAAUCGGUAUGGUAGCAGGUGAGGUUUUUCACAGGGCCAAUCCAAUAUGGGAGAGAGAAAGGGGACGCCCAGAUUGUCCUCUGCUCCAGCCUGCCAGAGAGCUGAUCAGAGUUGAGACUGAGAUGUUUCUGCUCUGGCUUCUCUCUGGUACUCUAGGUACCCAGUGUUCUGUGGUGCUCAUGGUUUCUGGAUUCGGGCUAGAAUCUUACAUUGAUGUUUUAAAGGAAUAAGCUAAUAGUUUUGUUUCUAUCAUUAAUUGAUAUGUGAAUAUUUUUUUGAGAAAGAAUUAUUAAUGUAUUUAAAAUCUUACUAUACAGGGUAACUGGGCAUUUCUAUAUCAGCAGAUCAAUGCAUAUAAUUCUUACAAAGUAUUGCACAGUUUGACAUUAUGAUAGUACUGUACCUCCUAGCAUCUCAAAGUACACUAGCUCUCACAUUGCUUGCCUAUUUCUUCUCUUUAAAAAAAACAAAAACAUUGUCCACUAGUAGUAGUGUUUUUUAAAAAAGAAAUCCUAAUAUCGGGGGGGGAGCAAAACUAUGAAAUAUUUCGGGUGGGGCGGGGUGGAAACAGACAGGAAGGCCAGGGUACAAUACUUUAAAAGUAGUGGUCAUAACAUUUUGCUAUCUGUACAUAGAACAUAUAAUGUGAGCAAUCAUAAUUAAAGCAGAGCGUUUGUAAAUAUUAUCAGAUUUCUUAACAUUUUUAACUUCUAAUUUGUACUUUAAUGUAAGGCAAAAAGCUGAUUCUAUUUAUGGUUUAGGUUAGUGUCUUAAAAUCAUGUAAAUAUUUAAAUAAGCUGUAAAUGAGCAGUCAAUAGAAACAGUAAUUGUUCAGUGAUUUUUUUUUGUUUUUAUUUUUUACUAAGUACAAUAAUUGCAGUUCUCUAGCAGAAUAAUUUAAACACCCUUUUGCAUAAGACUUGGAUUCCAGAGAGGUUUUAACAAAUCCAUGAAAAGUACAGCAUUAUAAUAGUCAAUACAACAGAAUUGUAUUAGCUAGUUCAUUUGCACAGUGGGGGGGGGGACUAUGUUCCUAAAAAUGGUCUAUGUGCACCCCUGUCCAGUGGUUCUGGUUCAUGCAUGCAGCUCUCAGCAGGCAUGCACACAUACCACAUUUGCAUUAGCAUCAGGAAAAAGUCCUCACAUGUAAUGGAAGAUAUUCAGAGCUUUCUCUGACACUAAAGAGAUGGAGCAACUGCUGCUUGUGCAGAGCUCCAUAUAAGUACUGGAGCCCCUGGAACUUUAGAUCUAUAGUCUUGGAUCUCUAGAAACAGAAAUAAAUAUGUUUUAAUGUUCAUUUGCACUAAGGCUGUAAUCCUGAAAGCACUAGAAUGGUACGAUUCCUCUUCAAUGGGCAGAGGCAAAUUAACCAUUAGGAUAUGGUCUAAAAUAAGACCUCACAAACUUGGGGCUGUGAUGUAGUGUAGUUAAUAGCAUAUCUCUGGAUUGAGAGUAGACCUUUCCUAUGUAACACAAUGGGCUUCUUUAGCAUUCUUUGCAGCUUAGAACAUCAUGGCAUGCAUGCAUGCAUACAUACAUACACACAAAGAGGCAAAACCCGUGUUUCCAGUUCCAGGAAAAUGAAAAGACUAGUAGUCUGCAUAACAUAUUGGCAUAGUGAAACAAGAGAACCAUACUUGUAUGAUUGACCUCUAUUAAUGGAUUUACCAUGGGUCAGUGGUACCAUGGGUCAAAGCAGGCACCUUUUUCAGGAUGAGGAUAAUGAGGGCAGCAUGUCAGUGGCAGGUUCCAGUCAGGAUCCAUGCCCAUUCAUUAAGCCCAUUUUAAAACCUGAAAAGGUCUAGGGUCAUGCAUAGAGUUCCACAGGCCUUUUGGAUUGUGCCCUUUGAGUGUAAAUGAAGGUGAGGCCUCGAAAUUCUGUACCAUGGAGGUGAAUACCAGACUUUUUUUAAAAAAAAAUGUCUGUCUAUGUAUAGUAUUCUGUUCCUUUCUGUCCCAACCCAACCCGCCCCCCCUCAAUGCCAAAGAAUCUUUUAUUUAGAAAUUUAUUAAAAGGGAACACUAUCAAGACACUGCUUAACACCAAAGGUAAAGUUGUGUUUUUUUAAAUGCACUAGGAAAUGUUUGUUGGAAAUUUUGAGGAGUGAAUUGAAUGUUAAUGAAACACAACCAUAUUCAAACGCGUACAAGCUGCGGCUGACAUCAUGAUUAAAGAUGCAUCAGUGCUUCUGAAAAGUUCCGCUAACUCGGCUACACUGCUGGUUCAGCAGUAGAGGCAAAUUUCAGUGACCUGGCCUUCCUCAGGAAGCACUGUGCCACUCAAAAAUAUGUUCCUGAGGGCUACGCAUCCCUCAUGCAUAUUUCUGAGUGACACAGAGGGCUUCCAGGGGAAGGGAAGGUUGUUGAAAUUUCAUACACUCACACACACUAGGACUGGUGCAGCAUUAGUCGGGAACUCUUCAGAAGAACUGGUGGUACACCGGUGCUUCUCCCUUUGCCCCAGUGCUUCAUUAGUCAGGAUGUCAGACACUAGCUCUAAAUAUCCAUUUGAAUUUAUUAAUGAUAAAUCAGAAUAGAUCAUAUUUGCAAGUUAUAUGCAAGACAUUUUUCAUAUGUGUCAAUUAUUUAUUUAAGUGCUUUGAUCAUUAUGAAUUCACUUUUUAAAGAAAACGGUGGAAGUCUUAGCUAGAUUGGAAUUAGUUUGAAGUCUUUCCCCAUAUUUUUCUCAUCUCUAAAGUUAUCUAUUUCAAGUUCAUCUGCAUUUUAUAUGUUUGCAUUGUUAAUGCCAUUUAAGAAAAUUUCACCAGGAAGUGUAUUUAAGGUCCUUUAUAUAGUUUGAGUUAGCUAACAUGGGCAUUUAUAACAUCCAAGGAUUCUAUCAAGUUGGCUGUUUUGAGUUUUCACAUUUUAAUUUGCAUGGGUGUUUAAAUGGUUCUGUUAGUACUGUCUUUGCACCGUUCUUCUUUCUCUUUUUUUACUUAGUACUAUUUACUUCAUAAUGUAGUAAUCAUCAGCCUUACUAAUGACCUUGUAGCCUUUCUAAUAUGCACAUAAUGCACAUUUUCCAAUGGCUAGAAAAUGCAAAAUACUAGUGGAUAUCAUUGCAUCAGAUUUUCAUGUUUUUCUCAAAAGGACUGCUAACCUCUGGGAUAAUUGAGGUAGUAAAAUGAUGAUUGUAAAUUGAGUAGCACAUAAGAGAUAUUUUCUUGAAUCUAAACUUACUACAGCCAGUUUCAGCAUGUAAAUAUAUAAUAAUGUUGGCUAGUGUGUAAUUCUUGAACUAAAAAAUAUAAAUAAAGAAAAUGUAAAAGAA